AUGCCGGGUCAAUCAGAAGCAUUAAAGAAGGCAACGUUUGGAAUGGGUUGUUUUUGGGCAUGUGACGCUCUUUUUGGAGUGGUUCCCGGUGUAACAAGAACACGUGUUGGAUAUGCCGGUGGCACCAAGCCAUCUCCGACAUACAAAAACAUUGGUGAUCAUACGGAAGUUGUUGAGAUUGAAUAUGAUCCGAAAACAGCAUCUUUUUCUCAAUUAUUGAGUUUAUUUUGGAAUAAUCAUGAAUAUGGACUGACCAAAAAAAUAAAAGCCCAGUACGCCUCGUUAAUUCUCUACCACGACGAUGAACAGAAAAUAGAGGCAGAGAAGUCUCUUUCUGAGGAACAAAACAAACAGGGAAAAAAUUUUACUACACAGAUAAAAAAUUUCGACAGAUUUUAUCCGGCUGAAGACUAUCAUCAAAAAUAUCGUUUGCAAUUACACACUUAUCUCGUUCAAUCCCUUGGCAUCGCAACAGCUGCUGAUCUUCAUACACCAUUAUCUACAAGAUUGAAUGGCUAUGUAGCUGGAGCUGGCACUCUUGAUCAAUUUGAACAAGAUCCUGUUUGUAAGCAACUCAAUGAAAAACAAUAUGACUAUGUUAAAAAAUGUUUAGUUGAAAAUCAAGGUACAGGGCUUUACUGCUAA